AUGGGGAUAAAAAACAGACAAAGGGGCAAAAUAGUUUAUUAUCGUCGAUAUAUAGACAAUCUGUUCUUUGUCUGGGAUGGGAGUGUGGAGGAAGCAGAGAAAUUUGCAGAGUAUUUGAACGUUAACAAUGCUGGUUUACAGUUCACCCAUGAGUUUGGAUCUACUAGCAUCAAUUUCUUGGAUGUUACCCUACAUGGUUUGUUUAGGCUCAUUGCUGAUGAAACACCAUAUUGUUCUAUUGGAGAGCUCACGAGGGAACUUUAUGUUAGACCCUCACACUUUGGCUUGCUAAGAUUCCGUAGUGAUAUUGAUCUUGAAGUUGGAAACUUCACCGUUAGCAAAGAUGAGCAAAUCCUGAUAAGAGACUUAAAAGAAGUGAACGAGGUCAUGUCUGUGAACUGUGAAGUGUUGAUAAAGGGAGAUCUCCACUCAUUUGACUUACCAUUAUCUUAUGAAGGAAAGUUUUAUGAAUGUCAAGAUGAGAAAACGUACACAUUGAAUGAAAUAUUAAGCUGGAAAAUACCAAGCAAUCGAAAAAGGAAUGUAGUUCUUUCAGAUGUUAUGGAGAUUUCGGACAUAAGCAAACUAUGUCCUAAAGGAUUGGAAUGGUUUAUGGUUUUGAAGCCAGUAUAUGAAGUAGAAGCUAUGCUACAAUUUCGACAUGACAUUAUUUGUCUGUUAUCUGACCUGGACAUUGACGUAAUAGACAUCACCCAUCGUUUUGACAUGAAAUAUUUUUCCCAGAUGGUAACUACCCAUGAGAUCUUUGAAAGAAAUAGCAAAGAAUUUCCCAUGAUAGUGGAAAUAAUAAGCAGUCCAGUCACAAAAUGUAUUUUUUCCAAUUUGUUAAUGCCUGGGAAGAAGAUAAUCAUUCAUAAAAAACAUCAAUCAGAUAGAGUUAUAGCCUCUGAGUUCAGCAGUUAUUCACCAAAGAAGCAUUUCCUAAUUCCGUCUAAUUACAAAGGAAAGUUUAAGAGGAAAGCCAGGAUGUUCUCUACUGUUUAUGACUUGAGAAUUGCAAAGAAUGAGCGAGAUGACCUCCAUGUUGUUGCCACCAAGGCAUUCCAUUCACCAUAUAAAGAAUUUUCCUCUAUCUGUGUUGGGGACCAGUUUCUAGUAAAAACAUUCCAGUCCAAAGAAAUGUUAUUUGAAGGGAAAAAAACUGUUGUAGAUGCAUUAAUUUGUAUUAAAAUGACAGAGACACCAUUUACUGAAGUUAGUCUCCCACUAUAUGUAGAGGGUGGUUUUGUGGAAGUCGUACAUGAUAAGAAAAAAUACUACUUAACUGAGUUGUGCAAAAGCUUCCAAUUACCAUUAAACGUAAAAGUCUCUAUAAGAGAUUUGUUUGCUGUGGGAGAGGAUAUUUUAGCCACUACAUCAGUUUUACAGCUAGAAGAGCAAAUUACAGACUCAUACUUACUUGUCAGUACAUUAAAUAGACCAGAAGAGGUCUGGGAACUCCCAGUUCAGAGGCAAAAUCUCACUGUCCAGCUAAUAAGCAGUUUUCAAGGGAAAACUUUCUCAUCACCAACCAGAACAAAUAUAGAGGAAGUUAAUGAAGAGGACUAUUAUAUGUUGAGAAGAUAUGAAAACCAAGUCCAGCAUCCACCUCCUCGGCCUCCAAAAACACCUCUGUGUGCUGAACCUGCAACAAAAAUACCUGAGGUUAACGUAAUUCCUAAG